AUGGCGUCCACCGUAAGCAUCGGCUCGUCCGCCGAAUUUAGCAAGAUCCUGAGCACCUCCAAUAUCGUCAUAACAGACUUCUACGCCGACUGGUGUGGCCCCUGCAAAACCAUCUCUCCAACCUUCGAAUCCCUCGCAACCAAAUACUCCAAGCCAGGCCGCAUAACAUUCACCAAAGUAAAUGUGGACAGCCAACAAGCCAUUGCACAGCAGUAUGGCGUUCGAGCUAUGCCGACAUUCUUAAUCUUCCGCUCCGGCUCCGUAAUAAACACCAUCAAGGGCGCCGAUCCCCGAGGGCUGACAACCGCCAUCGAAAACGCCGUGAAGCUCGCCGGGCCAGCUAAGCCGACCUUCUCAUCGCAAGGCCGAACACUAGGUGGAACGGCCCCGCGCGGGACAUCAUUGGCGCGACCGUUUAAUUGGCAGGGUUACGUGGAUGCUGUGUUAUCAUUCCUGGUGUUGUAUGUGACUACGCUGUUUACGCUAGAUGCGUAUAAGGCUGGGGAGGACAGUCCAUUUAAUGUCAAUCGGACUGCGAGAGAGGGGGGGAGUACUGUUGGGAGGAGUGCCGGAGCGCCAUCAUUGGGCACGAAGAGGAGUGGUGCUGCGGUGGCGGUGGGGAAGAGGUUGGGGACGAUUGCAGACCUUUCAGGAGGGGAUUGA